AUGAGGUUACUCCUACUACUAACCCUCGCUGGGUUAGCAGUCGGUCUGAAGGAGCAGAUCUGCGAUGGUCGGGUCAAUGGAGUAUAUGCAAGCGGUGUAUGCUCUAACGUCUUCAAUCACUGCUAUAAUGGUGAAGUAACAAAGAAAAACUGCCCGCGAGGUCUAGUCUUCAAUCCAGACAACAAUCUUUGCGACUACGAUGGCAAUGUACAAGGAUGCGACACUCGGGAAGAGAUGUCGUGCGCGAAGAAAAAAGACGGAACGUACACUAUCGGCUGUUCGUCUACAUUCUUCUUCUGCAGUAAUGGCAAUAUCCACGUUAGCAAAUGUCAAAACGGGCUUUUCUACGAUGUCGAUCGAAAUACG